AUGACAGAGUAUUCCGUGCUCUUGGUCUCACGAUUGGACCCGUUAAGGUAUCUAUUUGACAGGCCUGUUCUGACUGGUAGGCUCAUGAGAUGGCUGGUAUUGUUGACAGAGUUUGAUAUUCAUUAUGUCACACAGAAGUCAGUAAAAGGAAGCAUUGUUGCAGAUCAUCUAGCUUCUUUGCUGAUAUCCGAUGAUAGAUCGGUUGAUGAUGAUUUCCCUAAUGAGCAGAUCAUUUCAAUGACUAGUAUUACAGGAUGGCGGUUGUACUUUGAUGGUGCCGCCAAUCAGUCGGGGUUUGGCAUUGGUAUCUUGUUGAUAUCACCACAGGGUGAUCAUAUCCCCAGAUCAGUCCGAUUAGCAUUUUCUGAUCAUCACCGAUUGACGAAUAAUAUUGUAGAGUAUGAGGCUUGCAUUAUAGGUUUGGAGACUGCACUUGAUCUUGGCAUUAGACAAUUGGAGAUCCACGGGGAUUCGAACUUGGUUAUAAAGCAGACUCAGGGUAUCUGGAGGACACGGGAUGAGAAGCUGAAACCCUACCAUGCUUACUUGGACCUAUUGAUUGAUAGAUUCGAUGUGUUAAGGUAUAUACAUCUGCCUAGGGCGGAGAAUCAGUUUGCCAAUGCAUUAGCCACCUUGGCUUCUCUGAUUGUGAUCCCUACGGGGGUGAAUGUUAGGCCAUUGCUGAUUGAGACUAGGUCUGCACCAACUUACUAUUGUCUGAUUGGAGAGAUAGAGGAUUAG